AUGGACCUGAAGAGGAAUCCUGACAGAGUUUCUCACCUGGCCUCUGCUGCUGUCCGGGUGACUGACUGGAGCUGGGGAGGCAACCUGAAUCCCAGCCCCCUGCUGAGAGAUGAGGGGGAGCUGCUUGUGGACGAGUUCCUGUCCCCCAGGAAGCUGAAAGAUCUGACAGGGGUGGAUGACCUGCAGCAGGUGAAGGCCCUAGAGAUGCGAGUGGAUACAAGAGAGAACAGCUUGGGGAGCUUUGGUGUCUAUCUACCCAAUCUGAGGGAACUGAAGCUGAACAACAGCUUGCUUGUGUCUGUGAGGGAUCUUGGGACCACGUUGUCUCAUCUGCACGUCCUGUGGAUGGCUCGCUGUGGGCUCUCGGAUUUAGAUGGGAUCUCUUCCUGCAGCUCUCUGAGAGAACUCUACAUAGCCUAUAACAACAUCUCUGACCUGAGCCAGCUGACCUGGUUGGAACACCUGAAGGUUUUGGACCUGGAAGGGAACAAUAUUGAGGACAUCAACCAGAUGCUGUACCUGGGACUCUGUGGCCAGCUGAGACGCCUGACAGUGGAGGGCAACCUCAUCUGUCUGAAGCCAAGUGCAGAAUCUGCAGAGGAACCAGACUAUAACUACAGAGCUGAGGUAAAAAAGCUCAUUCCCCACUUGGAAUAUCUGGAUGACAUACCAGCAAGCCAGACUGCUCUCCCUGCUGCCAAGAAGACCCAUGAGGACUGGCUCAUCAUCAAGGAAUCCAUCAAGGAAGGUGGCUUAGCUGGGGACAUUUCCUGGUUAGCUGGGGCAGCAGCAGGGCAGUCUGGCUGUGACCCAAGGCCCCCCACAGCCUUCAGGCCUGGAGCUGGGCUGUGCCCUGGCAGUGGGGGCAGACCCGGCCGUGCCCCCCUCUGGAGCGGCGUCCAGCUGCCCCUGGGCCCUGCUGCUCCUGGAGAGCUCUUCACAGAGGAUGACUCCAGUGAGCUGACCCAUGGACUGAGCCAGGUUAUAUGUGGGAACCCCACCAAGGCCCUUCAUGCAAGGAGGCAGAAGUUGGGG